AUGAGGUGCGGUCCUGGACAACAGCCACCAAGCAAUCCUUGUGUCUCAUGUGGCAAAAAGUGAAAGUGCAGCUAAUGCUAAGCAUGUCUUUCCUUGUUGCUGUUUUUUGGUAUUGCAGAAGACUAUACAGCUUUUUAGCACAGAUACUGAAACGGUGGAGCAACUACCUUCAGAGAAAACUCAUAAGGAAUCUCAGUGUGCUGACAGAAGUUGAUCUACUUGUUUACAGCGCGAGAGAGUGGAAAGGAGAAACAAAGCAGGCCAAACACAUGAGGGAGGCAUAUGAAGAAUUGUUUUGGAGCUGUCAGAUCAAAUAUCUGCGACAAGUCAGGAGGGACAAUUAUUGUGUACUAAGAGCAGUGCUUUUUCAGAUAUUCAGCCAAGGCAUUCCUUUUCCAUCAUGGAUGAAGGAGAGAGAUAUAUUAAAGCUCCCUGAAAAGCUUUUGUAUUCUCAAGGUUGCAACUGGAUUCAGCAAUACAGUUUCGGGCCAGAAAGAUACACAGGUCCCAGUGUCUUUGGUAAAUUGCGCAAAUGUAUGGAGACAUUAAAGGCCAAUUGGACUGAAAUAAGUGCUACUAAAGAUCACGAAGAAAGAGGAAACAUGUGUAAUACACUCUUUUCUGAUGAGAGCAAGGAGCACAAACUGUAUGAGGCCAUAAAAUUCAUCAUGCUGUAUGAAGUUGUUGAAGCCUACGAGCAGAUAAAGAACAGGGAAGAACCUAUACACAACCUUUUUAGCCUUCUCCUUGCUCGUGAUUCUUCAUCUGACCCUUUGAGUUUCAUGAUGAAUCAUCUGAACUCCAUAGGUGACUCUAUUUGCCUAGACCAGGUUGAACUGUGUCUUCUUGGAUACUUACUUGAAGUAAAGAUAAGAGUUUACAGACUGCAUAGGUUUGAUACUGAGGAAUUUCAAGUAAACUAUCCAGAUGAAUACCGAAGGGAAUGGAAUGAGAUUUCUCUCCUGACAGAGGAUGACCACUACUAUCACAUCCCCCGUUUCAGAACCUGAAGGACCAGUGACUUCUCUUUUCUUUUGUAUAAUACAGUGAGUGACCAGUUCCAGUGAAUUAGAUUUCUAAUUGGCAGCAGUAAGAUUUUGAGAAUGCUUGUUAAUGAUUACAAAAUUAUUUAUGGGCUUAUUGUGUAAACAUUUUGCUUUCCCAUUACAGCU